GCCCAAAAUCGUUUCACAUAAUAGCAUAAAUGCCGCUUUCCAAUCACAUUAAAGUUCUCUUGAGUUCUUUUCCUCACCACCAAUCAGGAACCUUUACUGGAAGCUUGUCCCUGAUUGGUUGGAGUCAGCUAUAACAGUAGAACACCAAGGAGUAAACAAAAAAGCAUAGCAACAACUGAGUUUGCUGUCUCACUACCCUCAGCCUGGGCCAACCUGGACUCCUUCAUCCCCAAUGAGGUGGCCUCUACAUUUUAUAUGAAGGCUUUGAUUGUCCAUUCGACUCUGAUCCAUCUUAUAACAUGGCAAUCCAAUGCAGACGGGAAGAUAAAACUGAACAACACAGCUAAAAUAAAGUGUGUUCCCAGAAUACACAUUGUGGAAACAGGAUGAAGUUGACCAGUGAAAAGUUGCCCAAGAACCCCUUUUAUACCUCUCUAUCCCGGUAUGGUGCUAAGAACCCAAAAUUCUUCCAAUGGAGGAAGGAAAAGACUGAUCGUUACAGCCAUGAGAAUUUGGUGGAUAAGGCAUUGCAGCUCUUGAAGGAAAGAAUAAGAAGAGGGGAUGCUAUGGCAUAUUUCCUCCGAGGCCAACUAUAUUUUGAAGAGGGAUGGUAUGAAGAAGCAUUAGAACAGUUUGAAGAAAUCAAGGAGAAAGACCAUCAAGCAACUUAUCAGCUAGGAGUGAUGUAUUAUGAUGGGCUGGGGACACCUACAGACGCUGAAAAAGGAGUGGAAUAUAUGAAGAAAAUUGUUGAUUCUCCAUGUCCCAAAGCAAGACACUUACAGUUUGCAGCUGCCUACAACCUUGGAAGAGCUUAUUAUGAAGGGAAAGGCCUCAAACAAUCAGAUGAGGAAGCUGAAAGACUGUGGCUUUUUGCUGCAGACAAUGGAAAUCCUAAAGCUAGUGUGAAGGCUCAAAGUAUCCUAGGAUUGUAUUAUUCAACAAAAGAGCCUAAAGACUUAGAAAAGGCAUUUUAUUGGCACUCGGAAGCAUGUGGCAAUGGAAAUCUGGAGUCCCAGGGUGCACUUGGACUAAUGUAUUUUUAUGGACAAGGCAUCCGCCAGGAUACUGAAGCUGCCUUGCAGUGCUUACGGGAAGCUGCAGAACGUGGAAAUGUCUAUGCUCAAGGGAAUCUCGUGGAGUAUUACUACAAAAUGAAAUUUUUUACUAAGUGUGUUUCGUUUUCCAAAAGGAUUGCUGACUAUGAUGAGGUUCACGACAUACCCAUGAUAGCCCAGGUCACGGACUGUCUCCCAGAAUUCAUCAUGAGAGGCAUGGCCAUGGCAUCUUUCUACCAUGCCCGAUGCCUUCAGCUUGGCUUGGGUAUCACAAAGGAUGAAGCAACAGCUAAACAAUACUAUUCUAAAGCUUGUCGUCUCAAUCCUGCAUUGGCAGAUGAACUUCACUGUUUACUUAUUCAUCAAAGAAUUUAGACCAUAAUGGAUUUCAACAAAGAUCAUCAACCCUAACACCGUAGAAUGAUCAGAAGCCAGGUCUCACCUGGGAUGUUUUCAAGCAACUUCUGCUGUGCCCUCUGCUUUGUGGCCUGACUCUGUUCUUCGCUUCUGAUUGUGGUCGGUGGCGCCAAU